GGCCUGCGCGCGCGCAUCGUUCCGAACUUCUUCAAAAUGCAUCAAAAUGCUGUGUCCUAAAGUAGCAGCGGCCGCUUUAUUCUUCGAGGCGAACCAUCCCAAACGUUUCUUCAAGUAUAGCUGACGGUUUGGAUCCGAUCCGAUCACGGUUCGGGAUCUCCAACGAGUUUGUGUGACUAGUGUGUGACUUUUGAGGAGUUUGGUUAAGUUUUGGCGAGUUUGGUGUGAGCUUUGAAGAGUUUAGAUAACUUUUGUCGAUUUUGGUGUGACUUUUCGCGAGUACUCUUAACUAAUUCCUUCAAAAUGGAGAAGCCAAAAUACAAGCGCAUCCAUUCCUACGGCAGCAUGAGUUCCAGGAGCGACGACGACAUGACAGUCCACAGCCAGCUGUUCCCUUAUCCCAAGAAGUUGAUCGUACCUCGGGAGAUCUUGUACGAGGAGGAGCAUCCACCCUUCCAACCACUCUUUGCCACCACCAAACUCUUCGGCAAGACCAAGCUGCCGUGGCUUCUGGUCAUCUACAUAGUGUUCUACUUCAGCUACCUCAUUUCUGGUGCCCUGGUCUUCUCUGCCCUGGAAACUCCGUUGGAGAACCAGAUUUAUUUAGAAGUAAUACGCGCAAAGCAAGAUUUUUUGGCAAAACAUCCUACUGUGUUAGAUGAGGAGUUGGAGACACUACUGGAGCAAGUGGUCCGUGCCAGUGGCCAGGGAGUGUCGUCUUCUAAGAAUGUCACUGGAGGCCCCAACUGGAGCUUCGGACAGUCCCUAUUCUUCUCGUCUACCGUCGUCACCACUAUAGGCUACGGGCACGUGACACCUCUCACUCGGACGGGCAAGCUGUUCUGCAUGGUGUACGCGCUGCUCGGUAUACCGCUGACGCUGGUGCUGCUGUCAGCGCUGGUGGAGCGUCUGCUGCAGCCGGCGACGGCGCUGCUGCGGACGUUGAACUCGGCGCUCGGACAUCUGUACCGGCCGUUCACUAUACGCCUGGUGCAUUUGUUUAUUAUCGUAUCAAUCCUCGUAAUCUUCUUCCUGGCGGUACCCGCGGCGGUGUUCACGACUCUGGAGCCGGACUGGGAAUACCUGGACUCGUUCUACUACUGCUUCAUCUCGCUCACCACCAUCGGCCUCGGCGACUACAUACCCGGGGAUUCCCCCGGACAGCCCUACCGACCCGCGUACAAAGUCGCUACUACUUUCUACCUGAUCAUCGGACUGACAUUCGUUAUGCUGACUCUGACCGUGUUCUAUGACAUACCGCAACUGAAUCUCAGCACCGUAUUCUCCUCCAUGAAGUUGGACGAGGACCCUGAACGGGUGCACCUGGGCAGCGGCGUGGGGCCAGGAUACGGGUUGGGUGGCAUCGGCGGGCUGGUGAUGAGGGACGAGUUCCCCCGCGAGCAGCGCCGCUCCGUGGUCCAGGUUCGCCCCCAUCAUGAUGACAGCCCCAGCCCCGAUGACACGACGCCCGUGCACGCCAAAGACAUGCGCGUGCAUUAAAAAAGUUUUUUUUUAGAUUAUGGCACUGAAGCCAAAAGAUUCGCAUGUGACGUUUCGUAGCCAACUGUCACAAUGAUUUAAUAGUCGUGUUCGUUUCGUUUUUCAAUGCAUAUUGCGCAUGCGCAAAGU